ACGAAACGAUACUCUUGUACCACUCUAACGCAAGCUAGGGUUUCGCGAACUGGACUCCUGAGCGCCGAAACUCAUCGAACCAGGCGUUCGAUUUUCGUUUCCUUACUCCGCGAAACAUGGCGACCCAGAUGAGCAAGAAGCGAAAGUUCGUGGCCGAUGGAGUCUUCUUCGCGGAGCUUAAUGAGGUUCUGACCAGAGAGCUGGCGGAGGACGGGUACUCGGGCGUCGAAGUUAGGGUCACGCCGAUGCGCACUGAGAUUAUUAUCAGGGCCACUCGUACUCAGAAUGUUCUUGGUGAAAAGGGAAGAAGAAUAAGGGAGCUGACUUCUCUUGUUCAGAAACGGUUCAAGUUCCCAGAGAACACUGUGGAGCUCUAUGCCGAGAAAGUUAACAACAGGGGUCUCUGCGCCGUUGCUCAGGCUGAGUCUCUCCGCUACAAGCUCCUUGGUGGCCUCGCUGUUCGGAGGGCUUGCUAUGGUGUCCUGAGAUUUGUCAUGGAAAAUGGGGCAAAGGGUUGUGAGGUCAUUGUCAGUGGAAAGCUGCGGGCUCAGCGUGCUAAGUCGAUGAAGUUUAAGGAUGGUUAUAUGGUAUCCUCUGGUCAACCUGUGAAGGAAUACAUUGACUCAGCCGUGAGGCACGUUCUUCUUAGACAGGGUGUACUUGGUAUUAAGGUCAAGAUCAUGCUUGACUGGGAUCCAAAGGGCAAGGUGGGCCCAACCACACCAUUGCCUGAUGUGGUCACCAUACAUACUCCCAAGGAAGAAGAGUACGCCCCCACAGUGGAGGUGAUAACACCCUUGGAGGAGAUUCCAGUAGCAUAAAACCAGAGUUGGAUGUUUCUUCACAAUCAUGUAAUUCAUUUUUGUUCUAUUUUCAGAGCUUGAGAACACUUAGAAGAAGCGUUUUUGUCAGAGUUCUCAUAUCUUAGUGCUGUUGGGCCCUUUUUUCUUUAAAUUAAUUCUUUUUCUUGGGUAUGGGGUAGGAAAGAAGUUGGUGGGAAAGACCUUAAGUGGGGGAAUGGGGUUUGAUUUGAUGCCUUGCUUCUUUGCUAGGUGUACUUGCACACUAUUGCAUGAUGUUUUGUAGUUGGAACUAAAAUUUUUUAUCAGAAGAUGAAAAUGUCUUCAGGAGCAUCGGUUCAUAUCUCA